GCCAUCUAUCUUUGGUUCGCAGUAUACCUAACUAGGGUUUUCUUGUACAAUGGAUAAUUUUUAUAUUGAAUGAUUGAACAAUUCGUGUAUUGACAAUAAAAAAAUAAUGGAAAACUAUUUUGUUAACGCAAAAAUAAUAAAGGAAUGUGAGAAGUUUCUCACAACAGGUUGUUCGAAGUUUGAUAAGUUACUCCAAGGUGGUAUUACUACUCGCGGUAUUACACAAAUUUAUGGAGCUGCAAGUACAGGAAAAACACAAUUAGCUUUACAGUUAUGCCUGACAGUACAAUUACCUAUGAAAGAAGGUGGUUUUGCUGCUGGUGCAAUAUAUAUUUGUACUGAAUCUGUAUUUCCAUCACGAAGAUUACAGGAAUUGAUACAGAAACUAGAAAUUACUAAAAAAUAUGGAAUAAACGGUGAUUCAGUAUUUGUAGAACACAUAUCAACUAUUGAGAAAUUGGAAAUAUGUUUGCUUCAUAGAAUUCCAAUAUUAAUGUCUGCAAAAAAAAUAGGAUUAAUAAUUAUAGAUUCAAUUGCUGCUCCAUAUAGAGUAGAAGACUGGAAUGAUGAAUCUAAUAAUAGGGCGAAGAGUUUGAGAACAAUUGGACAACAAUUACAUAAAUUAUGUAGAAAUAAUAUUUGUGUAGUUUGUAUUAAUCAGGUAGCAGCAGUUAUACAUAGUAGUAUACUUAAUGAUAACUCAACCGUACGACCAACUUUGGGGGCAACUUGGUUAAGUAUGAUAACUAGUUCUAUAGAAUUUUAUAGAAUAGAUUCUAUGAGAUACGCUUGCGUGAGAUUGUCAUCAAAUUUACCAGAAAUAACUAUUCCAUUUAAAAUACAAGGAUGUGGAGUUCAAGCAAUAAGUUAAACAAAGCAAAAUAAAAGUUCAGUGUUUAUUUAAUUGCAAGAGAUUAUAAAUAUCAUAAAAUAUAUCUUCAUCUAAUAUCCUAGCAACAUUUGUUGGUGACCAUUGAUUCUUUGGAUCAGAAGCUACAAAUGGAUCUGUACUUCUUACAUCUAAAUUUUCAAUAUCAUUGUUCAAUAUAAGCCUUAAAAAAUAUAAAUAAUAAAUACACAAAUAAUCUUUUUAUAUAUAUAA